AUGCCUCCCAGACGCGGUGCCGUUAGACGGUCCGGAUCAACCCCUCGCGCUGAGGGCGCUCUCUCAUACUUUCAACACCAAUCGAUGUCCGACAGCCGAAAUCAGGCCUUACCAAACCUCCCCACCAAACAGUCCUUCGCAUAUGGCUCGCCCGAAACCCCGCUGCUUCCCCGGCAGCUGACGAUCAAACCUCAGAUGGAUUUGGUCGAGAUGGCCGGCCACAUUGACAAGGGUAUCGAAGAUGCGAAAGACCGGGAUCGGAGGGAAAGCGCUGCUGAGGGGGGUCGCAGUCGUGGACGGAGAUCGUCCUCAGCCAAUGUGUCACCAGUACGGAGAACUCGCCGAGAGCCAACUCCGGAUCAGACGCAGCUACUCGAUUCACUCCGCGAUGCGACGAGAUCCCCCAGUCCUGUCAAUGGCUAUCAAGCGAACGAUCAGUCUACUGCGACUCCUACUCCUCCUAUUCCGCAUACGAUUUCGACGGCCUCAAGCCCUGCACUGGACCCUAUCCCAGAAUCCCGAUAUCCCCACGUACCGGCUGAUAAGCUAUACCCUUCGCCUCUGUUACGCUCGGGGGUGCCAGCGCAUGAUGAACCGCCACUAAGUAGCUCGUCCGGGUUUGACAACGAGUCUGUGGUCUCAUAUGUGGUCGAACGAGAUAUCCAUGAUAACGACUUACGGCGAACGCUGUCCGAUGGCAAAAACAUCACUGCACCUCCUCGCCGAGUCUCGGGGAUGGCAUUCGUCAACGAAGUAUCAACUAUUCACGAGGAGGAAGAACCGGACUCUAGAAUCUCUCAGUUCCAGUCGUCCCCUUUGAAAUCACCACCCAUGAAGCCUCUCCACCCGUUGAAGGCAGCACCAACUCCCGCCAAGUCGCCUUCCCCUUUGCCAAUCAUUUCCGCUGUUGCUCGAUUUCUUGCACUUCUGGCACUGGCGAUGCUUAUGUUAAUCGGUCUCAAUUACAUAAGUGCGAUCAUUCCAUUUGGCCAACCACAGUAUUCUGGACCAUUGAAUGAGACUGGGCUAGAAGCAAUCAGCAGUCUCAGCGCACAGUUGUCCAAACUAGGGUCGCAAGUGUCAACCCUAUCAAUGGACCUGAAAACAGUCAAAGCCGACAUUAAAGCGCAGCCGACGGGUGUCUCCAUCGAGCCGGCUCGUGGUACGCAUAUCCCGAGGACGAACUUUCUGUCAGUACCACUUGGCAUCCUGAUUGACCCCCACAAGACAAAUCCGACCGUGGGGCAAGAAUCCAGUAUUAUGAAAUCGGCCUACAAUUACUGGCUUGGUGAUAAAUUUCGCCAACCGCAAGGCCCAAUGUCCAUUGUGACGCCGUGGGAAGAUGUCGGUGACUGCUGGUGCAGCGUCCUGCGCGACGGGAUGACGCAGAUUACUGUUCUUCUUGGGCACCGAAUCGUGCCGGAAGAGGUUGUCGUCGAGCAUAUCCCCAAAGGAGCGGCGCUAACCCCUGGACUCGCUCCCAGAGACAUGGAAUUAUGGGUCCGAUUCCGCCGCGUGGCGAACGACACCUUAAAUAUUGCCGGGCAGGACGAUUUGUUCAAUGAGCGGUUCGUCUUGCACACGCCCGUAAUGCAUGCCCUCCGGUUGGCCUAUCCCGGUGAAUCGGAAGAAGACUACUGGGGCCAGUAUGACGAGCUGCUGGGUCCAUCAUUCUAUCGUGUUGGACGGUGGAGUUACGAUAUCAACUCUGAAAAUUACGUGCAGCGCUUCAUCCUUGAUGCUGUCAUCGAUGACCCCGAGAUCCGCGUGGAUAAGGUGAUAAUCCGCGCAAAAAACAACUGGGGAGCCGAUAACACAUGUAUCUAUCGAUUAAAGCUAUUCGGCCAUAAGUAGUUCGCUAGACUACUUUCUUUUUCUCCUUCUCCCUCUUUUUUGUGCCUUUCUGGUAUUUCCAACUUUGUGAUAUCACAUCAUCAUCAUCAGCAUCAUAUGCUUUCAUCCCUGCAGGCGGUUUAGUAUUCUAGGCGAAUAUGGACAUGGACAAUAGACCGUGGCGCAAUUCUGUUUAAACAUUAUCUGGCGUCCUUAUUUUGGUUUGUUUCACUCCCUUCUGCUUCCAAGUGGCGUUGCUUCCUCCCAAGAUUGGUCGAUUCAAAGCGAG